UGUAUAGGUAGAGAAUAUGAUAAAGAUGGUAAUUUACAUCAAUGGUGGAAAAAUUCUACAAUUCAAAGUUUCCAAGAACGUAUAAAAUGCUUCAUUGAUCAGUAUUCUUUAUAUCAGUAUGGCGGUGAACAAGUAAAAGGAAAGCAAACUGUUGGUGAAAAUAUUGCUGAUAAUGGUGGUCUAAAAGCAGCAUUCAAUGCUUACACAGAUUGGGUGAAGGAAAAUCAUCUGGAAUCACCUCUGCCUGGAGUCAACUUAACACAUAAUCAAUUAUUUUUCAUUGGAUUUUCUCAAGUAUGGUGUUCAUCAAGUACUCCAGAAACCAUGCAUCUUACCAUAUUAAAUGAUGCACAUACUCCUGGACCUUAUCGAGUUAUAGGGACCUUAUCCAAUUCUAAAGAUUUUGCCAGAGAGUUUCAGUGUCGUCUAAACACUCCAAUGAACCCAGAUAAGAAAUGUGAAAUUUGGUGAUGGAUGAUAGUAUCAGAAUAUAAAAGUUGUAAUCUGACUUCAUUGCUGUUCUACUAGGAGAGUGUUUUGAUUAUAAGAAUGAGAAUUUUCCUAAUGUUCUGAUAAACAUUUGUUUGUUUAUAAUUGAAAGAUAAUGUGUAUAUAUGCAGAGGUGGAACUAAAGAAUAGUUGAUUAAAAAAAAUUCGUAAAUGUACACGGAAAAUCAGGUACAAAAAAUGGACUAAAAUUAUCUAUAAAUUCUCAUCAGUUAUAAAUUGUAAAUAUAUGUUACAAGUUAUUAUAAUGUAAAGAAAUUUUAUAGAAAAGUUGAAAAUUGAAUAAGAAAUAUUUUCCAAAAAAACGAAAAAAAUCAAAUUUAGGUUUUAUAGAAUAUAGUUCUGCCACUGUAUAUGUGUAAAUACAAAAUGUAUACCUUUGUAUUAUUGUAUAUACUGUAUAAGAACAAAUUCAGAUGAAAUUAUACAAUCAGUAGCAAUAUAUAUAUAAAUAUAUAUAUAUUAUAAUUAUAUAAAUAUAAAAUAGAAUAUAUAUAUUGUGUAAAUCAUUCAAGAAAAAUUUUGUGCUUACGAAAUUUCCGAGUGUAUUUUUGAUGUAACGCUGGAAUUUGAUUUAUUUUGUCACCAUAUUUUGAAGACAAAUAGAUUUAUUAUGUAGUCCAUUACAUAAAAUGAUCAUUAAAAAAUAAAUAAAUAAAUAAAAAAGAAUAUUUGCAAAAUGUGAUUGACAAUUUAGCAGAGUUAAUCCAUCCAGUUAUAUAUGUAAAUUUAAAAUAUCU